ACAAGCAGGUCUAUGGGUCACAUCGAGUAUAUGCACCAAACGUUAGUCAUUCGGACAUGCGGGAGCCGAAGCGCAAGUCGAUAGUAGAUCUCAUUCACUAGUAAUCUAGAUAUCUACCAUGUAGGUUGUGAGCAUAUAAUCAUGUAUUAUACCUCUAUCUAUCUUGUGAUCCACCUUAUUACAUCCUGGGCAAUGAUGACAUGGACUGGAGCCGGCGCUUCAGCGAGUUCUCUCUUCCAGAAUACCGCCAAGAACCAUGCGACCGCUGUACUUAGUAGGCGUUGUACUUCCCUUGGCGGACUGUAUGGUCCUAAGCAUUGCGUUCCUACUUUGCUGGGGUGGCAUUUCCCUUUUACAGCGAAAUGUUAUUGUUUACAAGCGAGUGUGCUGCUUCAAAUCGUCUGGGUAUCAAUAUUGUUAGCAUUUAGAGGCGUAGUAUACAUGUAAUCGAAGCUAUUGCUGCCCUCGUCUUCACAGGUGGCAUACUACACUAUUAGAAUAGUCCGGG